ACGGCUUGCAUUCUUUAUAACGACAAACAAAUCCUCGGCCGUCAGCGCCGGUUCCUUGACCCUGUUGGGGGGCACCUUCUUCCAUGUCAUAGCGAUGGCGCCGGGUUCGCCGCCUUCACAGGGGGUGCAGUACUCGGAGCCGGCGUGUCGGAUCUGUUGCAGUGCUAGUUAGAGCUCAGGGACUAGGCUGUGGAGAAGGGGAUCGCAGCGCUGGUCAUUCGGGCACUCGAGAUGCAGCAGCCGCCGCUCCAUCAGCCACUGCACCUUAAGCCGCACGCCUUUGUCAACAAGCUGGUAAAAGUGUCGGUUCGUGUGCUUGAGGAAGAGCGCGUCCGGGUAGAUGAGGUGCUGGGCGAUAAGGAGGGCACAUGGGCGUACGAGCUCUGGCUGUACAUGGCCAUGGCCGUGUGGGCCUUUGACAGGCUCCUGCGACUCGGUCGCGCCUUGAAGCACGGCGUGCGGAGGGCCCAGGUGACCGAUCUUGGUAACGGCUACAUGCGUGUCGACAUCCGCGGCAACCAUCCCUUCUCCAUCAUUCCGACUCCGAGCAUUCCGAAACCCGGCUUGGCCUGCAGCUCUAAGGACGAGGAGAGCCAGAAGGGCACUACACCCGUCGUGAAGGUUGAGUCGUCGCCCGAGGAUCGUCCCAGCGUUGGCAUCACACUCUUUAUUAAACUGUCGACCGGCCUCACGAAGCGGCUGCGGGCGCACGGCGGCCUGCUCACGCUCCUGGACGGGCCUUAUUCCAAUAGCCAUGCGGGGCCUGUCCUGCGCUGCGACAAAGUCCUGUUUAUUGGCGGCGGCAUCGGCAUCACGGGUGUCGUGCCCUGGGCGUUUCAGCAUCGGAACGUCAAGCUCGUGUGGAGCGUUGCCGAGUCGGCGCGGUGUCUGACAGAUGCUAUCGACCUAACCGGGGUUGCAGACAGCGAGGUCAGGGUCGGCCGUCGCUUUGAUGUUGAUGAGCUGGUUAACGGGGAGGCCGGUGCCGGGUGGGAGAGGGCUGGCGUGGUGGUGUCCGGGCCUGGGUCGCUGUGUGACGAUGUAAGGGCUGCCGUCGCCGUAGCGGGUAGUCGAGGCAACACCGUAUUUGAGUUCGAGGUGGACGCCUACUCGUGGUGAAGACGCUGAUUAUGGAAGCUGUUAUAUGUUAUAUUUGUGCUAUUGCAGUUUUCAUAAAUCCUGUAUCCUGGGCUUGUUUUGUGAAUGGUGUUGAGUUGGAUAUCUGUGGCGUUUAUUCCACUCAAUGACGAAGCCCAGC